CUGUGUACCUGCUGCUGCUGAUAAUAGGUCAACGCGGUGCAGAUGAGACGGACAUGCGUUUAGUUUAUGUCUUCAACUCUCACUUAUAUUAGUCUGUCUCACUGCCGGAGUUGGAGGAGUUCAUGAUUAUAUUUGUAUCCGAUCUGUACCUGAGCACCUUUGGGGACAAAUUGCUCCAACACCGGCAGAGCUCCAGGGGGAAUGCACAUAAACAACGACACCUUCCUCCGUAAACACGCCAAAAAAGACAACAUCAUUUUGUCACCAUGGAGGGCUUAAAUGUUUCCAGUCUUUCGUCAAACCGUAGGCCAUCUGUUGGGGCAUGUUUACCCGAAAAUGCCCCUGUUUUUGGAAAAGCUCCGUCCCAGGUGACCGUGAAAAGACAAGCAGUGAAGAGACACCACCACAAACACAACCUGAAACACAGGUACGAGUUUCUGGAGACCCUGGGGAAAGGAACCUACGGCAAAGUGAAGAAAGCCAAGGAACGAUCCGGGAGACUGGUUGCCAUAAAGUCGAUCAGAAAGGAUAAGAUCAAAGAUGAGCAAGACCUGGUUAACAUUCGUAGAGAAAUUGAGAUCAUGUCGUCACUCUGCCACCCGCACAUCAUCACCAUAUAUGAAGUAUUUGAGAACAAAGACAAAAUUGUGAUAGUGAUGGAGUAUGCCAGCCGGGGAGACCUGUACGACUACAUCUGUGACAAGAGGAGCAUCUCUGAACGGGAGGCCAGGAGCUUCUUCAGACAGAUUGUAUCUGCUGUGCACUACUGCCAUCAGAAUGGAAUAGUACAUCGAGACCUGAAACUGGAGAAUAUUUUACUAGAUGGCAACGGCAACGUGAAGAUCGCAGACUUUGGCCUGUCCAACCUCUACCACAGUGAUGAGUUCCUCCAAACCUUCUGCGGCAGCCCUCUGUACGCUUCCCCGGAGAUCGUCAAUGGACGACCUUACCAUGGGCCGGAGGUGGACACGUGGUCUCUUGGUGUGCUAUUGUACACUAUGGUUCAUGGCACCAUGCCAUUUGAUGGGAACAACCACAAGGCAUUGGUCCAACAGAUCAGCACUGGAAACUAUCGUAAACCCAGCAACCCCUCUGAUGCAUGUGGGCUAAUACGUUGGAUGCUAAUGGUAAAUCCCGAGCGCAGGGCCACAAUAGAAGAGAUUGCAGGACACUGGUGGCUUAACUGGGGCUACCAGCAGCCAAUACUGGCCGAAACAAAGAGCAGUCCAGUAGAGCAGACCCCUUCACCAGCCUCCCCCUCCACAUCACACCCUGCUGGGCUGGCUAGCAUUGCUAGUUGGCUGCGCCGUACAUCCAGACCUUUACUGGAGAAUGGCUCAAAGAUGCGCUGCCUGCUCCGCUCGCCGGGCGGAGGAGGGGAUGUAGUCCGGCAGCGCUCUCUGCGAAGGUCACGAAAAGAAAACAAUGUCUCCCAGACCAUUCAUGAAGUAAGCACAGACAGUCGCCCCUAUAAGGGUAUUUUAAAGAGACGCAACAGUGUGAAACAGAAGGCUCUGAGUGAAACCCCUGCUGUAAGUCCAGUGGAGCCACAGAACAUUUUGGGUGAUGCAACACCAGAUAAUGCUCCUUCAGCUGCACCGCUGCCACGCAAAGGUAUCCUAAAGAAGCCCACAGAGCACGAGUCUGGGUACUACUCCUCCUCUCCUGACAACAGUGACUCUGGCUGGGCACCACAAACUAAAGAGUGCCCGUCAGCACCAACCCAUAGGAAAGGCAUCUUGAAGCGCAAUGGAAAGUUCUCCUCCGGCAGGCUGCAGGAGUUUGGCUCUCUGGACCAGCUGGCAGCUUCUUUACCAUGCACAGGCGCCAGGUCGAGGCCGAGUGGCGGCAUCAGCGAGGACAGCAUUCUAUCUUCCGAGUCCUUCGACCAGCUGGAUCUGCCAGACCAUGUACGACACCCAGCACAAGUGGAAAAACCAGCCAAGCCUAGCUUGAGAGGAUGUGUUUCUGCUGACAACCUGCUGGAUAUCAAAGAAGACAGGAUGCUGGGGGCCGGGUCGCUGAGGCCCUGGAACUGCUACGAGUCUGGUGUGGCUGACAGUGCCUUUUCUAUCACAGACUGCGAUAAUGUUACAGAGGCUUACAAGCAGGCCAUGGUUACAAGGCUCUGCAGCAAGCUGAAGUCCAGUUAUUUUUGAAGAACAAUGACUUAAGACUGGUUUUUCUGAAGUUUUGACAAACUCUUAACUACUGAAGACUCAAAAGCCAAAGUGCAUUAGGUGAAAUUACUGAUAAUGAUCAGCUAACUUCAGGGAUUUUCACAGUACCAAAAACACAAUGGGAUUCUUGUUAAACAUCAGAUUGUAUUUCAUAAGGUGAUUGUGGCAUGUCAUUUGAGUAAAACCGGCAAAAAUAACCAGAUGGCACAGUAUUUUCAAUGCUGCUUUUAAAAGUGUCCAUUUCAAAGAUCCUCAGUGAAAGAAGCUGCUGUGGGUCAACAACUCUGGUCUUUUAUAUCAAAAAGUAACACUGUUAAACCUUUUGCUCAGUGAAAAUUGACUUAAAUACUGACAUUUCCAGUCAGCGGUUGUUUGAAUGUGCUUAAGCCACAGAGUGAGUGUCUUUUACUGUCCAAAGGACAGUUUGAUAAAAGUGUUUACAACUUAACAGCUGAUUAUCUGUCAAAAUUAAUUUUAUCGAGGAUAAAAGCAAUAAUGACCAGAUUUAAUGCUAGGAUGGGUAUUUUACAGCUUUAACUGUGCUUUAGGAAUGGGGAAAUUACAUUUCAUAGAUACCAAAGAGGAAAUUUGAUAUGUCAUUUGACUUAUUUUUCUUUAUCUUUAUUCAAAGCAACAGCAAAAAGUUCCCAGAGGAACGUUUAUUUGUAACGGGGACUUCAGCUCUCAAAGAGCCUUUUUAAAAAAUUGUUUUCAUUUUCUCUUGAAAUGAUUUGUUUCAAGUUUGGAUAAUACUUGAAUGAUAAUCAUGAAGCAUAUGACUCACGUUGAGCAUAACCAGUUGAACCUGCUUUUGCUCCUGAGCACAACAUCACCAUUUACUAGGUCGCAGUUUCACAGGAAAGGUUGGACUCAUUGAAAGCAUUGACGUGUGUUGGAAAGCGAACCACAAACCCCAGCUCUCUCCUCUAUGCUGUGUAAAAUGUAUAACUUUAACUGAAUGUUCAAGGUCAGUCAUGGAGCUCAGGUGUAUGCAUUUUUAAUUUUUAAUAUCUGGACACGAGAGGUGGUACAGUAUUUCACAAAGCCGGAUUAGAAGUUUAGCCUUUAACUGAAAAUGCUGUUUCCAAAGUAAAAUUGUGAGUGAUAAAUGCUAACGAGGAUCAUUAUGUGCUAUCUUCCACCUCCUGCUUUAUGAAUGACCUCCUGGUAAUCAGAGAAAACGGUUUUGUUUCUUUCCAUAUGAAAUGUCACGCUGCAAACUGGAGUUGCUUAAUUAGAUUGGUUUGCUGGGAUUAAAUUAGAACAUAAAGCCAGGCCUGGAACAUUUCCACACUUUAUCAGACCAUGGAAACCUUAUGCAUACAAUGUAUUUAUCAGCUAUAAUUGAAGUAUUAAGUUAUUGUAUAAUAAGUUGCACAAGGCAGUACCCAGUUGCCGCAAAGCCAUGCUUUUGUGUAGGAACUGGAAUGGUAAAAUGUGUAUAUUUUCAGUUAUUUAUGGUUAUUUUUUUGCCAAACUAAGAAUCUGAUCAGGAAUGUAAAGUCUAUACAAAUAUAAACUAGCAAUUGCCUUAUUGCAACUGGAAGUUCUUGUCAUUCCUUUCUAUUAUGCCACAGAAAUUCUUGAAGUGUGACAGACGGGUCUAAAAUGGUAUCUUUUAUAUUUUUGUACAAUAUAUAAAGUGCAUGUGGGCAUUUCAUUGCUGUUUUUCUCUCCCCCCUUGACCCAGAAGUUGCAGGUUCUGUUAAUAUUAUUUUCUUUAACAGAAACAAACCCUGUUUGCCAAAGUUACUGGGCUUAUCGUUUAUAUGACUGUGUGAUAUGCCAGGCUGUUAUGCCUGGGAUGAUCAAACCAAUAAAAAAUUUGAGAACUUGA